GCGGGGACUUGGGAGUGCCUUUGAGUUGUGAGGGCGGGGACACAGAUCCAUCUUUUUAAAGCCUUGGAACUGGCCCUGAGGCGAAGGUGGCCCUGGGCGGUCUUCGAAUUGAACUUGGCUUGGCUUGCCUCCUGAGAGGCCAGAGGGCGCCAUGGGCCGCUACCGUGUCCGCGUGGUCACUGGGGCCUGGCUCUUCUCGGGAUCCCUCAAUCGAGUGGGGCUGUGGCUGGUUGGGGCGCACCGGGAGGCGAAAUUGGAGUUGCAGCUGCGGCCAGCGCGGGGCAAGGAGGAGGAAUUUGACUUCGAUGUUCCCGAGGACUUGGGGCCACUACAGUUUGUGAAACUGUACAAACAGCACACGGUAGUGGACGACGCCUGGUUCUGCAACCUCAUCACAGUUCAGGGGCCCGGAACAAGUGCCGAGGCUGUGUUCCCGUGCUACCGCUGGGUGCAGGGAGAGGGGCUGCUGAGCCUGCCCGAGGGUACAGCCCGCCUGGCAGGAGACAACGCCUUGGAUGCCUUCCAGAAGCAUCGAGAAAAGGAACUGAAGGAACGGCAACAGACCUACUGCUGGGCCACCUGGAAGGAAGGCUUACCUCAGACAAUAGCAGCCGAGUGUAAGGAUGAUCUGCCUCCAAAUAUGAGAUUCCACGAGGAGAAGAGACUGGACUUUGAGUGGACACUGAAGGCGGGGGUUCUGGAAAUGGGCCUCAAGCGUGUCUACACCCUCCUGAGAAGCUGGAACCGUCUGGAAGACUUCGAUCAGAUCUUCUGGGGCCAGAAGAGCGCCUUGGCUGAGAAGGUGCACCAGCACUGGCAGGCCGAUGAGCUCUUUGGCUACCAGUUCCUCAACGGGGCCAACCCUAUGCUGCUGAGACGCUCCACCUCUCUGCCCUCCAGACUGGUACUGCCCUCUGGCACAGAGGAGCUCCAAGCCCAGUUGGAGAAAGAACUCCAGAACGGCUCCCUGUUUGAAGCUGAUUUCGUUCUGCUGGAUGGAAUUGCAGCCAAUGUGGUCCGAGGGGAGCAGCAGUAUCUGGCUGCCCCGCUCGUCAUGCUGAGGCUGGAUCCUGCUGGGAAGCUGCUGCCCAUGGCUAUACAGAUUCAGCCUCCCAGCCCCAGCUCCCCAGCCCCAACGCUGUUCCUGCCUUCAGAUCCUCCACUCGCCUGGCUCUUGGCUAAGAUCUGGGUCCGGAGUUCAGAUUUCCAGCUGCAGGAGCUCCAGUUCCACUUGCUGAACACUCAUCUGGUGGCUGAGGUCAUCGCUGUCGCCACCAUGAGGUGCCUCCCAGGACUGCAUCCUAUCUUCAAGCUCCUGGUCCCGCACAUCCGCUACACUAUGGAAAUCAACACCCGAAGCCGGACCCAGCUCAUCUCAGACGGAGGGAUAUUUGAUCAGGUAGUGAGCACGGGCGGAGGUGGCCAUGUUCAGCUGCUCACUAGGGCGAUGGCUCAGCUGACGUACCGCUCCCUCUGUCCUCCCGAUGACCUGGCGAACCGAGGCCUGCUGAGAAUCCCAAGUGCUCUCUAUGCUCAGGACGCUUUACAGCUCUGGGAAAUCACUGCCAGGUAUGUGAAGGGAAUGGUCCAUCUCUUCUACCAGAGUGAUGAUAUUGUGAGGGGAGACGGAGAGCUGCAGGCCUGGUGUCGGGAGAUCACUGAGGUGGGGCUGUGCCGUGCCCAGGACAGAGGCUUCCCUGUUUCCUUCCAGUCCCGGGCACAGCUCUGCCAUUUCCUUACCAUGUGCGUCUUCACAUGCACUUCCCAGCACGCUGCCAUCAACCAGGGCCAGCUGGACUGGUACAGUUGGGUACCUAAUGCUCCGUGCACAAUGCGGAUGCCUCCACCCACCAACAAGGAAGACGUGACGAUGGAGACUGUGAUGGGGUCGCUGCCUGAUAUUCAGAAGUCCUGUCUUCAAAUGACCAUCACAUGGCAUCUGGGUCGCCUCCAGCCAGACAUGGUACCUCUAGGACACCACAAAGAAAAGUAUUUCUCAGACCCCAGGACCAAAGCUGUGCUCAGCCAAUUUCAAGCAGAUUUGGGGGAUUUGGAAAAGGAGAUUACAGCCCGGAACGAGCAACUCGACCUGCCCUAUGAAUACCUCAAGCCCAGCCGGAUAGAGAACAGCAUCACCAUCUGAGGCCAGAGGUGCUGGCACCGGAUGGCUUCACGUCAGCGGUGGGACUGGCGCGCCCCUCUCGACCCUGUGCCUCCUCAUGUCUGCUGCUAAGACUCUAAUUCUUCUCCCAACCAAACUCUCCACUCAGCAUUUUACUGCACAGCACUGAGUGUUCUGCUAUAGAGAGGAACAGUUGAGUCUUUGGAGGCCACACUUUCUGCCACAGUUACUAGGCGCUCUCACUGUAC